ACAUGCCAGGAUGCAGUGGCGGGAACGCCUGGCCAUCCUCUUCUUCCCACAAGGCCUGAUACCCACCUUGGCGGCCAUGUUGCUCUUCCUCAUCCACCUUGGGAUCUUUGCCAAUGACUUGCACAACUUCUACGUCUCCUACCGCUAUGACCUCAUGAGCUUCAAAUACACGACCUUCCUCGUAUUUUCCCAGGUCAUCGGCAUCUCCUGGGCUGCUGUGGGGACACUCCAAGCCGAGAUGGCAGAUGACAAGGGUCUUCGCAUCUUUGGCCUCACGAUCCUGGGGCUCAAUGGACUCCUGUUCUUCAGCCGCCUGGCCCUGGACUUCCUGGCCCUCAAGUACCGAAGGGAGUACCACUGAGGCCUGGAGGCCCGGGCCGGCAGGGAAGGAAGAGGCAGCUCGGGUGUCGUA